AUGAAGAAUCACAUUUCAGCGACACAAAAGCAAACGAGAAAAGAGACGAGAGGAGAGAACACAACACUCCUCUUUGCCCCAGUCACUCAAAGGGGUUUUUGCGAGAUAUCAUUUUUAUUGUGCACGACGACGAUACGCAAAGUCGAUUCCGGGCACUUGGCACCAAGUAUUACUCGGUGGUUGGCGCUUGCAUCCGUUGAAUCUCUCUUUGUUGAUCCAUCCAUCCCUUCUGGAUUUUGCGCAGACUCUCCAUCCAGACUCGUCUGGUGCUCAAACGCGCCGUCGUGUGCGCCUGGUACCACGUCGCCGGAUCAGUCAGUUUUAGGAUUGAGCAAGGCGUUUCCUGGCUGGUAG